AUGAACGUGGACCUGGACGUGGACGUGGACCUGGACGUGGACGUGGACGUGGACGUGGACAUGGACGUGGACAUGGACGUGGACGUGGACGUGAACAUGGAUGUGGAUGUAGACGUGGACGUGGACGUGGACAUGGACGUGGACAUGGUCGUGGACGUGGAUAUGGACGUGGACAUGGACGUGGACAUGGACGUGGACAUGGACGUGGACGUGGACAUGGACGUGGACAUGGACGUGGACGUGGACGUGGACAUGGACGUGGACGUGGACAUAGACAUGGACGUGGACGUGGACGUGGACGUGGACAUGGACAUGGACAUGGACAUGGACGUGGACGUGGACGUGGACGUGGACAUGGACGUGGACAUGGACAUGGACGUGGACGUGGACGAGGACAUGGACAUGGACGUGGACGUGGACGUGGACAGGGACGUGGACGUGGACGUGGACGUCGACAUGGACGUGGACGUGGAGGUGGACGUGGAUGUGGACGUGGACGUGGACGUGGACAUGGACGUGGACGUGGACGUGGACGUGGACGUGGAUGUGGUCGUGGACGUGGACGUGGACAUGGACGUGGACGUGGACGUGGAGGACUUGAACGACGUGGACGUGGACAUGAACGUGGACGUGGACGUGGACGUGGACAUGGACGUGGACGUGGACGUGGACAUGGAGGUGGACGAGGAUGUGGACAUGGACGUGCACGAGGAUGUGGACAUGGACGCGGACGUGGACGUGGACGUGGACAUGGACGUGGACGUGGACGUGGACGUCGACAUGGACGUGGACAUGGACGUGGACGUGGACGUGAACAUGGACGUGGAUGUGGACGUGGACGUGGACGUGGACAUGGACGUGGACGUGGACGUGGACGUGGAGAUGGACGUGGACAUGGACGUUUACAUGGACGUGGAUAUGGACGUGGACGUGGACGUGGACAUGGACGUGGACGUGGACGUGGACGUGGACAUGGACGUGGACAUGGACAUGGACGUGGACGUGGACAUGGACGUGGACGUGGACGUGGACGUGGACAUGGAAGUGGACGUGGACGUGGACGUGGACGUGGACAUGGACGUGGACGUGGACGUGGACAUGGACUUGGACGUGGACGUGGACAUGGACGUGAACGUGGACGUGGACGUGGACCUGGACGUGGACGUGGACGUAGACGUGGACAUUGUCGUGGACGUGGACGUGGACGUGGUCGUGGACGUUGACGUGGACGUGAACGUGGACUUGGACGUGGACGUGGACGUGGACAUGGACGUAGACGUGGACGUGGAUGUGGACGUGGACGUGGACGUGGAGGACUUGGACGUGGACAUGGACGUGGACGUGGACGUGAACAUGGACGUGGAUGUGGACGUGGACGUGGACGUGGACAUGGACGUGGACAUGGACAUGAACGCGGACGUGGACGUGGACAUGGACGUGAACAUGGACGUGGACGUGGAGGUGGACGUGGACAUGGACGUGGACGUGGACGUGGACAUGGACGUGAACGUGGACAUGGACAUGGACGUGGACAUGGACGUGGACAUGGACGUGGACGUGGACGUGGACGUGGGGACAUAG